AUGCAACGGUACCAGAUAGAUUUGAGUGAUUUCUUCGCUGAUCAGCGCCAAAAAGUGUUUGUCGGCAAACGAGACAAGUGGAAAUCGAUUUCCUGCUUGGUGAAACAUGUCAGUUCUGUGUUCGAUUUAAAUGAAAUUUAUCUUACCAACGGCGAUGGUGUUUUGUUCCUGGAAGACGACAAUCUGGAUGUUAUAAGAGAAAGCGACUUGCUAAGGGUACACACUUCGACCAGUUUGAAAGCCACUCAGGAAAUUUACGCGCCAAAACGAGUGGCGGCAAAAGAUGGGUCACGUGCUUCCGUUGUAAAUCAGAAUGGAAAACGGAAACGCGAACCGAGCCCUAAUGUUAAACCUAUGCUCAGAGAAACGUCCUCAAGUUCUGGAUCUGAAAGUGACGAUGAGGAUGAUGAUGAUACGGAUGUACUGCCCAAAAUAUUCGUUGGACUAGAAUCCAUGAAAAAAGAUGAAACCGUUGAGGAAAUACCGAAGCCCAAAAGAAAGCGUAUUCGCAAGCGGAAAUCGAAGAAGGUGCAAGAACAAGUCACCCCUCAGAAAGUGGUCGUGAAAACAUACGGCAAGGGUAAGGUUCCUGCAAUUGUCAAAGAAAACGGGAUUGCUUCCCAACAUAUCCGGUUCAGUAAAGAUGCUGCGAGUGGCGACGAAGAUGAAAUUCCAACAAAAAAUGAACCCUAUCGUAAUCUCAAUAAGAGUACUGUGGCCCGUGUAGUAAAAGCCGUUAUUCAACCUUCGGAACCAAUGCCUCUAAAUGAUGAUUGCCCCCCUCCGAUCCCUGAUUACCUGGAUGAUCUGAACAUGGACCAAACUGUGGUCAAUUCCCAUACUAAACAAUCGAAGCGAAAACAAAAGAAAUCCCUAGCGGUCAAACAAGAACUCAUAGAAGCCAACACGAUCCGCGCUCCCUCCCCGACCUGGGACUCUGAGCUAGACGAGGCAAAGGAAAAUUUCCUCUCCAACUACACAGGAGAGGAUUUCUGGAACAACCUUCAGGAAGUGUUGAUAAAUUUUCCCGCCAUAACCAUCCCGAGCGUAAAUGACAUCAUCGCUUAUCGGCUGACGGCGGAAGAUCGCCUCUCUUAUCUGGCGUUUGUGGAACGUGUCGAUGAUGGCGAUAGUGAACACUGUCCGUCUAUGAAAUUGAAGCUUCGGAGGCUCAACACUCCCUCGUCACCGGGCGGCGCAUUGAUAACGACAACCUACACGUUAGAUCAGCUAAUGGAGAUCCGACUGGUGGCGACAUAUCAGCCAUAAGACGGUAAAGGGCGGUAAGUCGCGUUUGUAGACGUCGUUGCUUCGAGAUCGCACGCAACCAGAUUAACAGGUAGGUCGGUAGCGUGCUGAGCGAUGUAAAGUAAUAAAUGUUUGUAUUUCAACAGGUAGCUGAUGAACGUAA